AUGCCGAAGCAAAACAAGGUCAGGAAAGGGACGCACAGCUGCUGGGAGUGCAGACGAAGGAAGGUGAAAUGUGUGUUCGCAUCACCCACCAACGCCAGAUGCAUCACAUGCCAACGCCGAGACUCGACAUGCACCAUUGUGACAGAAACCGAUGAUAAUCGGGAUGCGCAGUCGGCCACGCCUACGCAGGCCUUACUAAGGCCAUUAAGUCCAAUCUCGAACCAAAUUCCACCCACAGAAUUGCAAAGAAAUUCAACAAUAACACAAGACCUCCUUCGUUCCUUCCCUCCUCAAACAGACAUUGAGACCCUUCAAGAAAGAGUCAGCGGCAUCUCAUCAACAUGCUAUCAAUUCGACUACAAAGCCCCUCUCUCAACACUCCACAGAAAUGCAGAGACAUACAUCGUUAAACCAAACCUUCUGUCUCCAGAAUCCGAUCCAGUGCUAUUGGCAAAGCAAAUGUUACUGUUUGCAACAGCAUUGCGGUAUAUCUCUCCUACAGAACGGAUACAUGGUUUGAGUAAACAUCACCAUCAGAUUAUGGAAGAGCUUGCUGGUGCGGCUAUUAAACUGGUUACUACUAAUGACUCACUGUUGGGGUCUUUAGAGUGUUUAGAGAGCAUCAUUCUUGAAGCCUUUUACCAUACGGAUUCUGGUGAUAUACGAAAAGCUUGGAUUACGAUGCGGAGAGCUGUUAUGGCUGCGCAACUAUUGGGCUUGCACCGUCGUGGUCAUUAUCGGUACAAGGUUAUUGAUGAUCGUAAUGUCGUUGACCCCGAAACCAUCUGGACUAGUAUUGUGUAUAUGGAGCGUGUUGUCUCUUUGCUAUCUGGACUGCCUACAAGCACAGACAAUAUAGUCUUGACACGACAGGAUGCUACAAACGAUGCCACCAACGAUUGUGGUCUGCUCACUGACCUAGGAAAUGUCGCCGGCAAGAUUCUCGAGCGAAAUCAGAUUGAAUUGCCACAGCAAGCUCUCGAGAUCACUAAGAGUAUAGAUGACGAACUCCUCAGAAUCUCCACCAAUCUAUCACCAACAUUCUGGCGACCGACAGAGUUCUCAGGUCUUACGCAAGACUCAUCACACGCUUUUGAUGAGAUCAGACGUGUUUUCGAUCACAGCUCCUACUAUACUUUGGUGAUCCAGCUGCAUAUGCCUCAUAUGCUAUGUCCAAGCCACUCCACGCAGAGGAUGUACUCCAAAAUGGCCUGCGUAAACGCCAGCCGCGAGAUUCUGACACGACAAAUCGCUUUGCGCAGUUUCAAUCUCGUCACGGCUUGUUGUCGAAUGAAUGAUUUCAUGGCGUUGAUUGCAGGGAUGACAUUGAUGCUAGCACAUGCUACCAGUCACUGCGACACAACUACGGGCAAUGUGUUAGCACAUCAACGAUUGGGUGAUCGAGCAAUGGUACAGCGAGCUCUAGAAUGCAUGACUUUCAUUUCCGAACUUCCAGAGGACCAACUCGCAGUCAGAUGCGCUUCAUUGCUCAAAGACCUGCUAGUUAUUGAAGAAAGUGCUGCUCGGAAACAAGAUCAGAGCAAUGCAAAUGAUGGCGAAGACCGCGAUUUUGUCAUUACCCGAGCACCUUUCUUUGGUGGCAUCAAGUUAUCUAGAGGAGGAGUCGCCACCGUCACUCCAUCAAGAUCAGAGCAGAAUCAAAGUCUUCCAGAGGGCAUCAGUAUUGGUGGGAUAGGAUCGAUCCGCGUCGACACGCCGAGCUCCAACAAUUUUACUCCUGCAGAUGUUGCGAGCCAGCAUGUAACUUCGGAGCCAUUGCAAACGCAUCAGGGCUUCGUCAUGCAACCUGACCAGAUACUAUCGGACAUUACCUUUGACGAUUGGUCGGUGUUAGGAAUGGACACGGCAUUCUUUGAGAGUUUGAUGCAAGGCAGUGGGGACGUUGCAUUUGACACGAUCAACACCAGUUGA